GCUGCGAUACGCGGCGGUCGACCCCGCCCGACCCAACUCGGAGCCCCUAAACUUCCCUCUCCGCGGCGGCUCCACAGAGACCGGAACUGGGGCGCGAGGCGACCAGCCCGAGACCGGAAGCGGAAGCGUGGGGCGGUGCCGUGGAAGAAGCCUCGGGUGGUUGCUGCGUGGGGAGUGCCCUCUUCCCCGGGGACCGGUUUCACGUGACAAGAAAAGCAUCUCUUGAACUCAAGUUUGUAUUAAAACCAGCUUCAGGGUCCACCAGCCUCACUGAUCUGUGGAUUUUUGUGACCAGAACCUGGCCUGCGUGCGCCGUGGGGACGAGAGGAGGAGCGUCCAGGUUCUCGGUCUGAGUCACAGGAUGGCGGCCGUGGUUCUGUCCCCGACUUGUGCUCAGCCUUCCCUGUUCUCAGCCUCUCCUCAAAAAGGAUGCACAGAGGAGGAAGGGUCGGUGCAUGGCUUCCUGACAAGCUGGUUACCGGACUUGGUGACCUUCGAGGAUGUGGCCGUGGAGUUCACGCAGGAGGAGUGGGCACUGCUGGCCCCCUCUCAGAGGACACUGUACAGAGACGUGAUGCGGGAGACCUGCAGGAACCUGGCCUCCCUGGGGUAUCACGUUGAUAAACCCAGUCUGAUCUCCCAAUUGGAACAAGAAGACAAGGUGGUGACAGAGGAGCGGGGCGUUCUCCCAGGCACCUGUCCAGAUUUGGAGACAGUACUUAAAGCCAAAUGGUUAACUCCCAAGAAGCAUGAUUUUAGAAAAGAACAUUCCAGUGGUAUAAAAGCGGAAAGAAAUCAUCUUGGAGUGAAACUCAACGAAUGUAACCAGUGCUUUAAAGUCUUCAGCACAAAAUCUAACCUCACUCAGCACAAGAGAAUUCAUACUGGAGAAAAACCCUAUGACUGUAAUCAGUGUGGCAAAUCCUUCAGCAGUAGAUCUUACCUUACUAUUCAUAAAAGAAUACAUAAUGGAGAGAAACCCUAUGAAUGCAAUGACUGUGGGAAAGCCUUCAAUGAUCCCUCUUCCCUUAGACUGCAUGUGAGAAUUCACACUGGAGAAAAACCCUAUGAAUGUAAUCAGUGUUUUCAUGUUUUUCGCACUAGUUGCAAUCUCAAAAGCCACAAGAGAAUUCAUACAAGAGAGAAUCACCAUGAAUGUAAUCAGUGUGGCAAGGCCUUCAGCACAAGGUCCUCCCUUACUGGGCAUAAUAGUAUUCAUACAGGGGAGAAACCUUAUGAGUGCCACGAUUGUGGGAAGACCUUUAGAAAGAGCUCAUAUCUGACACAGCAUAUGAGAACUCAUACUGGAGAAAAACCCUAUGAGUGUAAUCAGUGUGGAAAAUCCUUCAGUAGUAGCUUUUCUCUUACUGUGCACAAGAGAAUUCAUACUGGGGAGAAACCCUAUGAAUGCAGUAACUGUGGGAAAGCAUUUAAUAAUCUCUCAGCUGUUAAGAAACACGUGAGAACUCACACUGGAGAAAAACCCUAUGAAUGUAAUCAUUGUGGAAAAUCUUUCACCACUAACUCUUACCUUUCUGUGCACAAGAGAAUACAUAAUAGGUGGAUAUGAAUACAAUAACUAGGAAAGCAUUCAUUGAUUUCUUAAUUCUCAGACAACUGAUGGGAACUCACUAGAUGUAUGAGUUAGCUAUUGCUGCGUAACAAAUUUCCCUCCGAAGCACAGUGGCUUCAGACAACAUACGUUAAUUAUCUCACAGUUUCUAUAGGUCAGGGAUUUGGAAACGGCUUAGCUACGUAGUUCUGGCUCAGGAGCUGUCAUGGGGUGAGGCCAAGAUGUGAGCUGGAGCAACGCUCAUCUGAGUCUUUACUGCCGAAGAAUCUUCUUCCAAAAUGGCUAGCUCACGUGUCCGGCACAUUAAUGCCAGUUGUUGGCAGGGAACCUUCAUUACCUCACUCUCCACGGGGCUAUAAGUAUCUUCAUUAUGUAGCAGCAAAAAAAGCAUUUGAUCUACGGGAGCGCUAAUGCAGAAGCCACAUUGUCUUUUUCGACCUAGCCUCCGAAGAAGCUGUUAUCACUUCUUCCAGACUGUAUUGCUCACACAGUGUGGGAAGAAACUACACAGGGUAUGUAUAGUAGCAGACAGAUCAUGAGGAACCAUCUGAGAAGCUUGCCAUGAAAUCAGUGAAGAAAAGCCUUUAGCGGACUCUCGUUCUUUUAACCUAGUCUAUAUGAAGUAGCCUUUAAUAAGUCGUGUUAAUUCACUCUGGAGAGAAACAUCAUGCGUGCAAUCUUUGUGGUGAGCUUGCAACUCAGACUCACCCCAGCGUCCACAAAAGAUUACUUAUGGGGAGAAACCUGAAGAAGACAGUAGCUGUAGGAAAGCCUUUGUGUUAUUUCUAGGGAGUCGUGUGACAGUUCAGACUAAGAAAACCUUAUGAAGAUCAUCAGAAUGCAGAAACCUUCACGGACUCCCAUCACUGAGAGCCCAUGUGAGAAAUCACUACCAAGGAAUAUUCGUAGAAAGAAUGUGGAAAACCCUUCAGCACAAGUGUUCGCGUUACCGACCAAAAGAUGGGGAGAGAUUCUGAACACAGCUACUGUGGGAAAACCUUGAAUGUCCUCUCAGUUUCUAAGAAGCAUGAGGAUUUAUCCCGGAGAGAGAGUCCUGUUGAAUGUCAUCAGUCCUGAAAAGUCAUCUUUCCGCAUUCCUUAGGAAGCUGAGAAUUCCCUGCAGACACUUGUGAAUAUAAAGAUCAAGGGAAUGCCUUGACUAAUACCUCCUACAUUAGGAAAAAUACCAAGUUUUUUCUGGAUGCAAAAGUUGUGAGUGUAUUAAUUUUGAAAAAUCUUUUAGUGAUUCUUUGUUGAUUUGUGAGAACCUACAUUGGAGGCAAACCCUAGAAAAGUAGUCAGUAUGAGGAUGCCUCAGCUCUUAACUGAGUGGCCACAAAAUAAACUGGGAAUGGAAAGAAUAGUGAGUAUGGGAUUGCCUUUAUCAGUGUCUCAUCCUAAGAUUGGGCCACUAAUUCAUUAGUUUUUAGUCUUUUGUUUCAGUAUAAACAUAUAUCUAUAGCUGUACCCUAAAAUAAACCUUAAGUUAUGUCCCAUAGUUUUGUAUGUAAUAUGUUUGCUAUAAUUUACUCUUUAAAAAUAUUAGUACAUAGCAUAUCCAGAAAAACAUUUCUGAAUAUCUCCUGAGUAAAUUCUUUAUUGUAGUGGAAAUUAAACUAUAUUUACUGUGUACUUUUCAUAGUUUAAAGGCGUUAUUGUCAGGUAAGUGGAGUUGAUGCUGAUUCUUUUUUUACCUUUCUACCCUAGUAUGGCAAUUUGUUUAGCUUCUUUCCCAAUGUCCAUUGUCCCCUACUUACUUACUUUAAAAAAUGUUUUUAUUGUUGUUCAAGUUGUCAAUGAGCAGGAUUGAAAAUAAUCUGUAAGGCUUCUUUGAAGCCCAGAGGACUAUUGCCUUAGUCUCCUGACCAUAAGAAGUAGGUAGAAGUCACUGGGGAGAACAUCAUUUGGCUUGUUUGCCUCACCUAUAUCCUGUUCAUCUUACCCGUUCUUUCUCUUGGAAAUGGACUCAAGGCCAAGAGUUGGAAGAGCUAAUUUUGAUCAUGAUAACAAAAACCACAGUGCAGCAAAAAAUUACAGUGAUAGGGCAUCUCCAAAACUUCUGAUUGGCAGUAUCUGCUCUGGACUGCUUGUUCCCAGACUUGUCAUUAUACGAUUAAAAGUAACCUCUAAUUGGUUAAAACCAAAGUCCUUUUUUUAGCUUGUUUUUGAGGUGAUGUUCUGUUCCUGUCCAGCUAAAUGCAAUAUCUAACUGGUAAGCCUAUUAGUUGGUCACAUUUUAUAAGUGUUUCAUGUUUCUUUGAAAAUAAUGUUUAUUCUCUAAGUUUUAGAUGUAGAGUAUGUACCCAUAAACUCAAGCUAAUUGUGUUUUCAGAUAUAGUAUGUACUUUGAGAUUUCUGUCCUCAAAUUUAUUUAGUGAUAUGUAUUAAAGUCGUCUGCUAUGGGUUAUGGAUUAACACUUUUUUGUCAUUUCUAUCAUCUUUCUUAAUGUAUUUUGAUGUACAAGUACAUUCAGGAUUAGGUUUUUUUCUUGGGAAUUGUUCCUUAUAUUUGGAUCAUUUUUUAUACUGGAUUAUUUCAGUAUAUUAAUAAAUGACUAAAUAUUA